AUGUCGUCCCAGAACAAGGGCUUUCAUGCGAUCGUACUAGGAGCAUCAGGAAUAUCUGGCUGGGCGUUUACCAAUCAGCUCCUCCAGGAUUAUCCACGGCCAGGAAUAUGGGAUCGCAUAACUGGGCUUACGCGAAAGCCUAUGAGCGAGGAAGAAUUGUCAUAUUGGCCGCGCGAUGAGAGGUUCACGCUGGCGUCGGGGUUCGAUCUGCACAAUGAUGAGGAGGACGUGUUGAGACAGAAGCUCGAGGACAGAGUCAAGGACGUCGAGAGCCUAACGCAUGUGUAUUAUUUGAUACAAGAUCCCCCCGUUGAUUUUAACUGUUCCGACCCUUUCGCCGUGUCCAUUAAUGCGCUGAGGCGGACUCUCUCGGCGAUUGAAAGCCUGGCACCAAACUUGAGAUUCGUUCACCUCCAGUAUGGCACAUUCAUAUAUGGAGUAUGUUUCACAAACGAUUUCUACCACCCUGUUCCUCUGGUUGAGGAUUUGCCGCCUCUGAAGAAACCGCUAUGUGAUAUGCUGCAUUACCAAACCUGCACAAACUUCAUGGGAGAGUUCUCCAAGGGCAAAUCCUGGAGGUGGUGCGAGACGAGGCCGGAUGAAAUCAUUGGGUUUGUUCCUCGAAUGAAUGCUUAUAAUGCUGCAUAUCCAAUCGCCAUGUAUCUUUCAUUGUUUGCGCAUAUCAAUGGACAGGGCGCGGAAUGUCCGUUUCCCGGGAGCUUUGGCGCCUGGAAAGCGCUAUCCAAUAUAGCUGGAGCAGACAUUAUUGCAAAAGCAGCCAUACAUCUGUCAUUGCUGGAUGAGCCAUCGCUUAACGGGGAAGGAUAUAACGUCGCUUCAUCUGCGAGCCCCGCCAAUUGGGAGAUGACCUGGCCAGCCAUUUGCUCCUGGUUCGGGCUUGUUGGAAAGCCGCCUAUAGAUAAUGAGACCGAUAAAACCGGUUCACCGGGCCCAGAUGAGUACAUCAGCAUGCACGACACCGAGUACAAGGAGAUGGUGGACGUGUUUCGUCUCAAAGGCUGGCCUGUCUCUUCUCCGAGUAUGGAUGGAUCGCCUAAUUGGGAGUUAACCAAGUUGAACUUCGAUAGACACCUGAGCCUUCAAAAACUGAAAUCAACUGGGUUCAAGGACGACGAGGAGCCGGCGGAGAGCUGGAUCCGGACUUUUGAACGGAUGAGAAAAGCUAAGGUGAUCCCGUGA